AACGAUGAAGAUUCCUUUCUUCAUACUUUCUGUUUUCCUCCCACUCCUCUCCGCCGCCUCGAAGCACGAUUCACCGCAAGAUCUGCUGCGUUCAUCGUGUGUCCAUGCAAGCUACCCGGGGCUCUGCCUCCGCACACUAUCUUCCUACUCUGGCCCUACCAACACCCCACGAGACUUAGCCAGAGCCGCUGUCAAAGUGAGCCUCACCCGUGCCCGCAAAGCGUCGAGUUACUUGACGUCUGCGAGCGUGACGGGAAAGAGCAAGAGGGAACGAGCUGCACUGAGUGACUGUGUGGAGCAGGUUGCCGAUUCGGUGGACGAGUUGAGCAGGACACUGGGUGAGUUGAAGCGCUUGAGAGGAGAAACGUUUGAGUUCCAGAUGAGUAAUGCGCAGACAUGGGCGAGCGCGGCAUUGACGAGCGAGGACACAUGCCUCGAUGGGUUUGAAAGAGUUGACGGAAAGGUGAAAUCCGAUGUGAAGAAGAUGCUCAUGAACGUGGCUAAAGUUACAAGUAAUGCUCUGUAUAUGAUCAAUAGGCUUAACGAAAGCCACGACAGACACCAGUUGAAUCCCUGAUGAUCAAUGGCUUUGAUUUAGCUUUCUUACAAAUGUUUAUGUUGUUUCUAAAUCAUGUCGUGAUUGUAAUGUUUGCCUGGUUUCAACGUAAGCAGAAACAUGAAAACACUUCGUGGUUCAG